CUUCUCUCUCUUUUAAGCUUCAAAAUCUCCCUGUCAAACUUUCAUUUUCUUGCCAUUUCACUCCCUGUUUUCUCCCUCCUUUUAAGAUAGCACUCCGUUUCUGCAAACUCUUCCCUCUCCUUUUGUUAAUUUCCUCAAAUGGUGAGUUUCUUUGAAAAAAGACAAAAGAUGGCCAACAAGAAUGCUUUGAUUCCCGGUGAAACAAUCAACAUGAUAACUGCAGCUGCAGCGCAGAAGCCGCCAGUGGUGCCCGGCAGCGGUGGACACGUUUCUUUCCAGAAGAAAAAACUGUUGAAAAACCUCGAAAUCAAUGGCGGCGCCAGGCUUAAUUCUUGGGUUGACUCAAUGAGAUCCUCUUCUCCCACCCAUCAUUCUCUUACGAACGACCCAAGUUCUUGGAUUCUUCACCAUCCCUCAGCUCUGGAGAUGUUUGAGCAGAUAAUUGAUGCCUCAAAAGGGAAACAAAUAGUGAUGUUUUUGGACUAUGAUGGGACUCUUUCACCCAUAGUUGAGGACCCAGAUCGAGCUUUCAUGUCGAAGAAGAUGAGAAAGACGGUGAGAAAGCUCGCCAGAUGUUUCCCCACUGCCAUAGUGAGUGGAAGGUGCCGAGACAAGGUUUAUAAAUUUGUGAAAUUGGCCGAGCUCUAUUAUGCUGGCAGCCAUGGCAUGGACAUUAAAGGUCCAGAAAAAGGUUCUAAGUACAAGAAGAACAGUGAAGCUGUUCUCUAUCAACCCGCCAGUGAAUUUCUCCCCAUGAUUGAUGAGGUUUACAAGCUAUUAGUUGAAAAAACGAAAUCGACAGAAGGAGCAAAAGUUGAGCACAAUAAAUUCUGUGUUUCGGUACACUUUCGUUGUGUUGAUGAAACGCAAUGGAAUGAAUUGGCCCAACAAGUUAAGGGAGUGUUGAAGGAGUAUCCAAAACUGAGACUAACCCAAGGGAGAAAGGUAUUAGAAAUUCGUCCUAGUAUUAAAUGGGACAAGGGGAAAGCUCUCGAAUUUUUGCUUGAAUCACUCGGUUUCACCAAUUGCACAGAUGUCUUCCCUGUUUAUAUUGGAGAUGAUCGAACAGACGAAGAUGCAUUCAAGAUUUUAAGAGACAGAGGGCUAGGUUUUGGAAUUCUUGUCUCAAAAUUUCCAAAGGAUACAAGCGCUUCUUAUUCUUUACAGGAGCCCGACGAGGUUAUGGAUUUUUUGGGAAGGUUGAUUGAGUGGAAGCAGUCAAGCAACAUAAGUGAGGGUAAAGUUCAAGAAAUUAAUGUAAUUAAGGGCUAGAAAAUCCGAAAAUUAUUUAUAAAUAAAUAUAUAAUUAUAAAAAAUCGAAUUCUUACACCUUUUGAAGAAAUAUUAUUGUUUACAAAGGGGUUAAGAUGAUCGAUGCAAUUAUGUAAUUUCUUGUUCAGAAAAUAUAUGAAAACAUGAACAAGAAAGAGGAAAUUAGUUCAAUAUUAUUAUAAAUGAAUUAUGUCUUUUUUUUUU